AUGGCUGAUAUUUCGCUAGGGAAGAAAAGAAUGAGAAAUUAUAAUUAUAUGCAUGCAAACGCUCAGCCGCAGAGCUUCCGCCCGUCAGCAAAUUAUCUCCCACCUUUUUGGGGUCAUAGUUAUUUUGCAUCACUUCCCUCAAACGACGCGGAAUUUGAAUCAUGUACAAAGCAAAUAGAAGAGUUGAAAAUCCGAGUGAAAGAAAUGCUAACAGACUCUACCAGCAAUCCAGUGGAGAUAGUCAGACUGAUUCAUUUGUUAUGCCGUCUUGGUUUAUCAUAUCACUUUGAGAGUGAGAUUGAAGACCAUCUCCAACAAUAUUUUGACCACACCAUGGCGAAGCUUGUUGAGAUAAAUAACUACAACCUAGAGAAGGUUGCACUUGUAUUCCGAGUAUUUAGACAAUAUGGCUACAAAGUGUCUUGUGAUGUUUUCAACAUGUACAAGGAAAAUAGUACUGGUGAGUUCAAGGAGAGCCUAGUCAAUGAUGUCAAGGGCAUGCUAAGCUUGUACGAGGCUGCCCAUUUAAGGAUGCAUGGGGAGGCUAUUUUAGAUGAAGCUCUUGCUUACACAACUACUUUCCUCCUUAAGUUGGUCGCAAAUCAAAGUGAUGACCGCCUCGCCAAACAUAUACAAUAUGCCUUGGUGUAUCCUUUUCACAAGAGCAGUGAAAGAUUGGCUGUGAGGCAGUACAUAGAUUCUUAUGAAGAGGAUGAGUCUUGCAAUGAGAUGCUGCUCAAGUUUGCAAAACUGGAUUUUAAUCGACUACAGCUCUUGCAUCGAAAAGAGCUGACCCAUGUCGCAAGGUGGUACAAGGAAAUUGAUUUUACUUCAAAUUUUGGUUAUGCAAGAGAAAGAAUUGCAGAAAACCAUUUGUGGCUUCUUGGAACUCACUUUGAGCCACAAUACACAAAGUCACGAAUAUUUGUCAACAAAGUCAUAACCCUCGCCACGGUGUUAGAUGACAUAUAUGAUGUAUAUGGUUCAAUUGAAGAAGUCAGAUUAUUGACAGAUGCAAUACAGAGGUGGGAAAUUGGCGCAAUUGAUCAACUUCCAGACUAUAUGAAAAUGAUCUAUAGCACUAUGUUGGAUAUUUAUCAUGGAUUUGAGAAUGAGCUGAAAAACGAAGCAAGAUCUCACUUAGUCUCUUAUGCCAAGGAUGCCAUGAAAGAAUUGGUGAGAGGCUACCAUCUCGAGGCUGAGUGGUUCCAUAGACGCUGUGUUCCUCCAUUUGACGAAUAUAUGGAAACUGGAUUAAUCACGAUCACGUUUCGUGCAUUGCUGGCACCUUCUUUUCUAGGAAUCGACAGUGUAGGGGCAGAUGCAUUUGAAUGGCUGAAAAAUAGUAAGAUUCUUAGAGCUUCACAAGCAAUUGGUCGCCUCAUGAACGACACAGCAACACGCAAGGUGGAGCAAAAGUUGGGACAUUCUGCCUCCAGCUUACAGUGCUAUAUGAAUGAAAAUGGCGUCUCUGAGGAAGAAGCAAUCAAAUAUAUCAGGGAAGAAGUGAUUGAGAGUGCGUGGAAGGAUAUAAAUGAAGAACAGAUGAGGCCAAAUAUCGUCGUCCCAAGGGAGCUUCUGAUGCUUGUUGUUAACCUUGCACGCGUAGCACAUUCGUUUUAUAAUGUUAACGACGUAUACACAAACACAACAUAUUCAAAAGAACAUGUCAAGACCACCUUCGUUGAGCCAUAUCCCAUAUGA